CUGAAUUCACUGCUUCUCGGCAGGCAAAAGAGAGCACGAGGAUUUCUUAUCUACUCUAAGGUAGAGCCUUGCCAGGGCACCUCACAGAGGAAGCAGCCUCCCACAUUUAUGUCAUCAGUGCACACAGUUGUAAAGCGAUCCUUCUGGGUACAGCAGCACACUAAAGCGUCUGUACGACUCCGACACUCGCACAUCUCUCCCUUCUGCUAGACAAGAAAAAAUCAACAAACUAUUAUAAGCUUCACAGUUUGAUUCUGAUAUGAAUAAAUCCAAGUCUCCUAUUCUAAAUGACUGUCUGAAGCACAUCACUUUGGAGAAUGAAUCUUUAUGGAAUGAGAGUAUGACCUCCAAUGUUAGUGUUGAGACAGUGCACCACCUCUUUAUCGGUGCCCAACGCCAGGAACCUAAUCACAUUGCUAUACCUGCCACAAUCUUCUACAGUCUUCUUUUCUUCUUUGGUAUCAUGGCAAAUGGCCUCAGCAUCCUGACGCUUAUGAGAAAUGGGAGAAUGAAAGUGAGCGCUGUGCGAUUUUACCUUCUGAGUUUGGCCAUGGCAGAUAUCUUGCUGCUUCUCACUAUCCCAAUCACCCUUUAUCGAUAUUUCUGGCAAUAUUACCCCUGGGCACUCUCGGACAUUGUGUGCAAACUGUAUUUUAUGAUCCGCCAGGUCUACUGCGCAACAACCAGUUGGACCAUUAUUGCAUUUACAUCUGAGAGAUAUAUUGCAAUAUGCCAUCCCAUGUGGUCCAUCACAGGCCUCCGGAAAACCCGUAUGGCAUACCUUUUGGCUUUUAUCUGGCUUCUGUCUAUCCUCACCACCAUACCUGUGGCUAUAGUAUAUGGGGAGUCCUCGGCAUGCAUCUUGGACUAUACCGCUACUUCUCAAGAAGAAGCUGUACUUGACUCCACAGUGUGUGAAAUGUUGGAGCCAAAGCCAUAUAUUGUUUACAAAAGCAUCAUGCAGACCCGUAGCAUCCUUUUCUUUGUCAUGCCUUUAUUGGCCAUUAUUAUUUUUCAUAUUCUCAUCUUCCACCACCUAAGUCUUAACCAGAGGCAGAGAGAGAAAAUUGGGCUUAAUGGAACACACUGGCAUUUUUCUUCUACUCAUGCGAACCAGCCCCAAAGGCACCCAUUUUCUGAAAAAAAGGCUCGUCAACUAAUGGGCGCUGUAGUGGUGGCUUUUUUUCUCUGCAAUUUCCCGGACACUGCCUCAUCUCUCAUGCAAAUCUAUAUUGAAAACUGGAAUGCACACGUCUAUAAAGUAUAUACCUGGCUAAAGACCUACUUAUCACUUCCACUUUGGUACCUGAAUAGUGCUUUGGACCCAAUUUUGUUCUGUAUUUCCUCUACUUCCUUUCGCAGUGCAUGUUGGGAAACCCUGACCACUUUCAUACCUUGGUAUGAAAAAUCAUUGGAUGGGCCAGGCAACACAAAUCAAGCAUCCUGUGUGAGGUCAGGGGUAUCCUCUCUUGUGUCUGCGCCAAGCACCCGUUCUACAUGGACCCUAAACUCAAAUGAAGGUGAGCAAAAGGAAUAUUUGGGUCAGGCUCGUACCAGUGAUCCUAAGCUUUUGUUCUUUCGCCAUUUGACUAUGAUGGACCCAGCAGAAUGCACAGUUCCUUAGGACUUAAGACCUUGAUGGUUAGAAUUGAUGGUUAUUCCAUAAAACCUAUGAAGCUAUUAAUAACCUGCAGGAUUGCAUAUACAGGUGUUGCAGAAAAUGUGUAUUGCUAAACUCAUUCAUAUUUAAUGCAUUUCGUACCUCAAAUCAACAUGCCUGCAUGGAUUUCUGCAGCCACUAGCUGUCUAGGGAUGAGUAAACAAUGUUAUUUCUAAUGUGAGUAUGUGCAAUGUUAUUGCUUUUGUGGGGUUUUUUUUAUAUCCUAAUAUCACAAAGUUUUUAAAACCUAAAGAAAUGGCCUAAUGAUUACAGAGAUGGUCAUAGCUGACAAUGAAGAAUUCAAGCUAAAUGAAAUAAAAAAAAUUAUAUUGUUUUUUAUAAUACGUAUAUUUUAAAUAUGUGAAGGUUGCAAUGUAUUUUUCUGUUAUUCAGAUGGCAUCAGAAGAAGACUAUGUAUUUUAUAGAAACCUCAAAAAAAUAAUUUGUUACAAUAAUGCAUGUUUUUGUGAAUGUAAAAAAUCUGAAGAGCAUCUUUAUCUGUUCCCAUGGUAAUACACAUGUCCAUAUGCUGUUUGCAGAGCCAGCUGUUAGAUAUCAGCCACUGUUUUCGUAUUGCACAUGUUCUCAAUAUCUUCAUGCACAUGUAUCUUUUUGGGUAUCCAAUUCUGGCUUUUUCAGUAAGAGGCUAAAAACAUACUGUUUGUUUUCUGCAGCAAAGUCACUUGAGGGAGUCAUCUGGUAACAGACUGCUACUCCUUUUAGGUAUAAUGGUUGUGCUUCUUUCUAGACAGAGUACCACAAUGUCUGUAAAUUACACAAAAUACAACAGCAGUAAGAGUGCUCUGUGCUGACCUCCAACAUAGCAGAACUAUCAAAAUAGAAAGGAAGGAACAAAGCUCCAGGCAGAAGUUGAAAGACAGCAGUCUCUAAUUGGGAAGUGGUAAACACAACAGGGCUCAUUUAUAUGUGAAAGUGCAGUGAGCAGUGUAGUUUUCCCAGAAUUCCUGGGAAUUGUGGUUGCAAGGGAUCAUUGACCAGACACAAAUGCAUCUGAUUUGCCAAAAUUAACACAACCGCGCAUGCAUUUUGUCACAAGUCGGACAAAAUUAAGAGGAAGUCCUCUUAAGUAGGAAUGUGCACUUACACUAAUUGCCAUUAUUUGCACUUUCUUGUACACUACAUGGAUGGUAAGGACAAAGUUGCUUUGCAUAAACCAAUGCUACAAUCUGUACCUUGCCCUGCAUUUAUUAUCCUUACUGAGAUCCAGACACUUACUGCUCCUACACUUCUGUCUGGGGUGGUUUUAAAUGAUCAGUAAAAGGCUUUUAGCUCUCAGUUUUAAAAUCCUCUUUGCAUUUCAAAUUAGGGGUGUUAAACCUUGGACUCAACUCAGGCUAAGAUGAUCCGAUCGCCUCUUUAAAGAGGACCUGUCACCCUAAGAAAUAAUUUGAAAU